AAGCGCCACAAGUUCACAGUGGACAAGCAGCCGGGAUACUUAAUGGGACAAUUCCGCAGACGUGCGUAAAGACGCACAGUAACUUAUUUUAUAUACCCUACUUAAGUUUAAGAUGCUUGCGAGAAAAAGCAUUAUCCCGGAGGAAUUCGGGCUACCGGGGCUUGUUUCCCGUAUGCCACGAAAACCAGUGUUCAGAGACCGCGUCAAUAAGGCGCGCUUUAUUGCAAAGAAUGGCUCCUGCAACUUGGCACACAAGAACAUUCGCGAACAGGGCAGAUUUUUACAAGAUGUGUUUACUACGCUGGUGGACCUCAAGUGGCGAUUCACGCUGGUUAUCUUCACCACCACCUUUGUGAGCAGCUGGCUACUGUUUGCCAUGAGCUGGUGGCUCGUAGCGUUCGCGCACGGAGACCUGGACCCAAUGAGGCCAAGCGGAUCUUACUGCGUCACGGACGUCAAGUCGUUUACGUCUGCCUUCCUGUUCUCCAUAGAAGUGCAAGUGACCAUCGGGUUUGGGGGACGCAUGAUCACAGAACAAUGCCCCGCUGCCAUUACUGUGCUCAUAAUGCAGAAUAUAGUGGGUCUCAUCAUCAGCGCUGUCAUGUUGGGUUGUAUUUUCAUGAAAACGGCUCAGUCAAACCGGAGAGCAGAGACUUUGAUUUUUAGUCGUCAUGCUGUUAUAGCUGUUAGAAACAACCGCCUCUGCUUCAUGAUCCGCAUUGGAGACCUCAGGAAGAGUAUGAUUAUUGGAGCCACCAUCAGAUUGCAGGUGGUGAGAAAGACCACAACUCCAGAAGGUGAGGUGAUCCCCAUUCAUCAGAUUGAUGUCCAAACAGAGAGUGCUGUGGCCAGCAAUAACCUCUUUCUGCUUGCCCCACUCAUCAUUUGCCAUGUUAUUGACAAAAACAGCCCCAUGUAUGACUUGUCAGCCAUGGAGCUGCAGUGCAGUGAUCUGGAGGUCAUUGCCAUCUUAGAGGGAGUGGUGGAGACCACAGGCAUCACCACACAGGCACGCACCUCCUAUGUGUCUGAGGAGAUCCAGUGGGGUCACCGAUUUGUCCCCAUAGUAACAGAAGAGGAAGGGGUGUACUCUGUGGACUACUCAAAAUUUGGAAAUACAGUUAAGGUUGCAACUCCUCUCUGUAGUGCUCGAGAACUGGAUGAGAAACCUUCCAUUCUUAUCCAGACUCUUCAGAAAAGUGAGUUGUCUCACCAGAACUCACUGCGCAAACGCAACUCAAUGAGACGCAAUAAUUCCAUGCGUAAAGUCACCAGCAGUGGUAGUCUACGCAGAAACAAUUCAGGGCUGAACCCUAAAGUUCAGUUUUUUACUCCAGUGGAGGGAGGGCAAAGCCUGAACGCAGUCACCUGACAUGAAGCCUGUGUCCUGCUGGCCGCUAUGGUCCUCUGUCUCACUCAAAGGAUUCUGAGCUUUGGUGUCUCACCUGCCAUGACAGGACUAAUUGUAUCAAUGUCUCACGAAAUAUUAAAACUGAAAAUGUUUACAUAGUACUGAUUCACCCCCCCUUGUUGUAACAAUAAAU